AUGAAACCGGGACGCUUAUGGCUGCAUCUCGCGCUGCUUGGGGCCUCCCUGCCCGCCGGGCUGGGAUGGAUGGAGCCAGGACCCAGCAGAGGCCUGCACACGGGUGUGCGUGAGCCACGGACGGAGGAGUCCAGAAGCUUUGAAGUCACAAGAAGAGAAGGACUUUCUGGCCACGAUGGGCUGCCAGCCUCCUGUGGGAAGAAGUUCUGCAGCCGCGGGAGCAGGUGCACGCUCAGCAGAGAGACAGGGGAGCCCGAAUGCCGGUGCCUGGAGGCAUGCAGGCCCAGCUACAUGCCUGUGUGUGGCUCCGAUGGGAGGUUUUAUGAGAAUCACUGUGAGCUCCACCGAGCCGCCUGCCUGCUGGAGAGGAAGAUCAUCAUUGUCCACAGCAAGGACUGUUUCCUUAAAGCUGACCUGUGUACCAUGGCCAACUACGCCCGCCUGAAGAAUGUCCUUAUGGCGCUCCAGACCCGCCGGCAGCCGCUCCCACAUGAGGACAGCAGACAAGACCCGGCCUCCCAGAAGCGCCUCCUGGUGGAAUCGCUGUUUACGGACUUGGAUGCAGACGGGGACGGCCACCUCAGCAGCUCUGAACUGGCGCAGCACGUGCUGAAGGAGCAGGAUCUGGAGGAGGACUUCCUGGGGUGCUCGCCCGGCGACCUCCUCCGAUUUGAUGACUCCAACAGUGACGGCUUCUUGACACUCCACGAGCUCUACACAGCCUUCCAGGUGGUUCAGCUCAGCCUCGCGCCCGAGGAGAGGGUCAGUGUGGCCACAGUGACCGUGGGGCUGAGCACCGUGCUGACCUGCGCUAUCCGCGGAGAGCUGCGGCCACCCAUCAUCUGGAAGCGCAAUGGGCUGGCCCUCAACUUCAUGGCCUUGGAAGACAUCAAUGACUUUGGAGAGGACAACUCCCUCUACAUCACCAAGGUGACCACCGUCCACAUGGGCAACUACACGUGCCACGCCUCCGGCCAUGAGGAGCUCUUCCAGACCCACGUCCUGCAGGUGAAUGUGCCACCAGUCAUCCGCGUGUAUCCAGAGACCCAGGCACAGGAGCCCGGCAUGGCAGCCAGUCUGAGAUGCCACGCAGAAGGCAUUCCUAUGCCCAGAAUCACUUGGCUGAAAAAUGGCAUGGAUGUCUCCACCCAGAUGUCAAAACAGCUUUCCCUAUUAGCCAAUGGGAGUGAACUCCACAUCGGCAAUGUUCGGUAUGAAGACACAGGGGCGUAUACCUGCAUCGCCAAAAACGAAGUGGGCGUGGAUGAGGAUAUCUCCUCACUUUUCAUCGAAGACUCUGCUAGAAAGACCCUUGCAAACAUUCUGUGGCGAGAGGAAGGCCUCAGUGUGGGGAACAUGUUCUACGUCUUCUCUGACGAUGGCAUUAUCAUCCUGCACCCUGUGGACUGUGAGAUCCAGAGGCACCUCAGACCCACGGAGAAGAUCUUCAUGAGCUACGAAGAAAUCUGUCCCCAAGGGGAAGGAAAUGCCACCCAGCCGUGCCAGUGGGCCUCGGCCGUGAACGUCCGGCACCAGUACAUCUACGUGGCCCAGCCAGCACUGAACAGAGUCCUCGUGGUCGACGUGCAAGCCCAGAAAGUUCUACAGUCCAUAGGUGUGGACCCUCUGCCAGCUAAGCUGUCCUAUGACAAGUCUCAUGACCAAGUGUGGGUCCUGAGCUGGGGGGAUGUGCACAAGUCCCAACCGAGCCUCCAGGUGAUCACAGAAGCCAGCACUGGCCAGGGCCAGCACCUUAUCCGCACGCCCUUUGCAGGAGUGGACGAUUUCUUCAUCCCCCCAACAAACCUCAUCAUCAACCAUAUCAGGUUUGGCUUCAUCUUCAACAAGUCUGACCCUGCCAUUCACAAAGUUGAUCUGGAAACACUGGUGCUGCUCAAGACCAUCAGCCUGCAGAGCCACGGCUGCGUGCCCCAGGCCAUGGCCCACACGCACCUGGGCGGCUACUUCUUCAUCCAGUGCCGAGAGGACAGCCCGGCGCCUGCCGCACCCCAGCUGCUGCUCGACAGCGUCACGGACUCCGUGGUCGGCCCCAACGGGGACGUGAGCGGCGCCCCACACCUGUCCCCCGACGGGCGCUUCGUCGUCAGCGCGGCCCCCAGCAGCCCCCAGCUGCACGUGCAGGAGAUCACGCUGCAGGGGCGGAUCCGGACCCUCUACAGCUUGACAAUCAGCGCGGGCGUCUCGGACGUGGCCUUCCAGCCCUCCUUCACCCAGGGCAACCAGUACCACGUGUUCGCUGCCGCGGAGACGGAGCCGGCCCUGCUCUUCCUGGAGCUGUCCACGGGCAAGGCGGGCGUGCUGGAGGACCUAAAGGAGCCGCCCGCGGCGCCAGCCUGGCCUUGGGGAGGGCCCCGCAGGAUCGUGAGGGACAGCGGGCUCUUCGGACGGUACCUGCUCACGCCAGCGCAGGAGUCGCUGUUUCUCGUCGACGGGAGGCAAAAGGCACUGCGCUGUGAGGUGGCGGGCGUCAGGCGGGGGACCACGGCCGUGUGGGUGGGCGAGGUAUGA